GGAUUCCGGCUGCUGAGUGUGGUAACGGAAGUAGGUACGUGGCUGCUGCUCCCGCUGCCGUGUCUGCAGGAUGGCGACUGAGGUUCAGAGCGGCGACCUCACCAGCGCGAACUCCAGCCGCCUCGAGGUUUCCAUCGACGGCCUGACGCUGAGCCCGGACUCGGAGGCGGAGCAGGAGACGCUGGAGGAGGCGGCCGGGGCCGCGGCGGACGGCGGGUCGGACGGCGAGGCCGCGGCGGCGGGGGAAGAAGAGGAGGAGGAGGAGCGGGGCGAGAACGGCCACAGCUCGGUGGAGAGCGUCUGGGGCUUCCCGCUGGUCGAGCUGUACGGCCUGGCGCUCAGGUUUUUCAAAGAAAAAGAUGGCAAAGCUUUCCACCCAACAUAUGAAGAGAAGCUGCGACUGGUGGCCCUCCACAAGCAGGUUCUGCAAGGCCCCUACAACCCAGAUGCCUCCCCUGAGGUGGGCUUCUUUGAUGUGUUGGGAAAUGACCGCAGGAAAGAAUGGGCUUCGUUGGGAAGUAUGGAGAAGGAUGAGGCCAUGGUAGAGUUUGUAAAGCUGUUAAAUAAAUGCUGUACUUUAUUUGCACCAUUCGUUGCAUCACACAAGAUUGAAAAGGAGGAGCAAGAAAGGAAGAGGAGGGAGGAAGAGGAAAUACGACGUCAAGAAGAAGAGGAGUGGGAGCGGCAGCGUCAGGAAGAGGAAAGGCGCAGGCGGGAGGAGGAGGAGAGACUGAAGAGAGAAGAAGAGGAAAGGAGGCAGAUUGAGGAGGAAAGGCUGCGUGUGGAGCAGCAAAAGCAGCAGAUCAUGGCUGCUCUUAAUGCACAGACAGCUGUGCAGUUCCAGCAGUAUGCGGCACAGCAGUACCCGGACAGUCCUGAGCAGCAGCUGGUUCUCAUCAGGCAGCUUCAGGAGCAGCACUACCAGCAGUACAUGCAGCAACUCUACCAGGUGCAGCUGGCGCAGCAGCAGGCAGCCCUCCAGAAGCAGCAGGAGGAUUCUAUAGUUCUUUCCACACUAGAGGCCAGUGAAGCAUCGGCACCCUCUUGUGGUGAGGAGGCCCCUACAGUGAAUGGUCAGGCAGAGUCCUCCACCGACAGCAUAGAGAGAGAGCCUGAUCUGGAGCCUGCAGAGGAGAUCACUGAGAACGGCCCUACAGACUCACCCCCUGUGAUAGCAGCACCUUCUAUGUGGACCCGGCCACAGAUAAAAGACUUUAAGGAAAAGAUUCGCCAGGAUGUUGACUCUGUGAUCACGGUGGGCAGAGGAGAGGUAGUCACUGUGAGAGUCCCCACCCAUGAAGAGGGCUCUUAUCUCUUCUGGGAGUUUGCUACUGACUACUACGACAUUGGCUUUGGUGUCUUCUUUGAAUGGACAGAUUCAACCAAUGCCUCUGUUAGUGUGCACGUCAGCGAGUCUAGUGACGAAGAUGAAGAUGAGGAAGCAGAGCCUCAGAGUGAAGAAGAGAAGGCGAAAAAGGAGGCAGGAAAGCCGCAGGUAGAUGAGAUUGUGCCGGUGUACCGGCGGGACUGUCAUGAAGAAGUUUAUGCUGGAAGUCACCAGUAUCCUGGCCGUGGCAUCUACCUGCUUAAGUUCGACAACUCUUACUCACUCUGGCGGUCCAAGAGUGUCUAUUACAGAGUCUACUACACCAGAUAAGCCUGGAGUCAAGACUGUGGAGCAAACGUGUGUCUGUGUGAGAGAGUGUUUAUGUGCGCAUGUGUGGUUGAGGUGCGUCUCAUGCUUUUCGACUUGAGGAGGUUUGGGCUCUGAUGUAAACUUGCCACCUCUGUUUUGCACUCUAAAAGGCGUGCUCUAGGAUUUUGUGCUUGUUGAUAGUAUUGUGUUCUGCACCCAGUGUGACUUAUCCUCAGCCUCCAUUCAUCUUCUAAUGUCAUCCAAAAAGGUUCUUUGGCCACUUACAAGGACUUCUAGAGCUGUGUGUCCUUUAAGAAAGUGGGUGUGUUUACUUGUCUUGCUUGGACACAGAACAUAGUACUGCUUUUCCACCACUACCUGAAACCUCUUUUUAUUUCUACUGACCUUUUCAUUCAGCAAUUGAGAAUGCGUUUCCAUACACUGCUCUGUCUGAUGUAAAACAUUUUUAAACAAGGUGAAUUGAUCUCAGUGCUCAUUUCUGCUUCUGUAUUAGUGAGUAUUAAUUGCAGUUCAUGUGUCACAUUUGUAAAAAGUGUGGGGGGGGGAGCUGUGAAGAUCUGCAGUAACAUAUUACUGAAUUGCCCAUUAAUGCUUAAUUGACGUGUUUUGAACAAUUUACAGCAAUGGUGCAAAAAAGCCAAAACAUAAUGAAAUUUGGUAAGGCAGCUAAUCCAUAAGAACUUUAUCAUUCCCUUAAUUAUUGUGUUUUUGUUUGUUGUCAUUUGGCUGCUUUCCUCUAACUGAAAUUAGAUAUUGGGUUCUGAUUCUUCCACACUGAGCAAUAUUUCACGCAUCCGUUGUAAUUGUGAACGUGGUUGUGGAUUCAGGUGGUGGCGGAAAAGCAAUAUGACAUGCCUUGCUCCUGGAGGACUUCCUUAUUUAGGUCACUGCUGAGAAUAUCAACCAAUGGUAUAUAAGCGCUUCACCAGUCAGCGUACAGUGCAGACAUAAAGCAGCACGUUCUACACGGAGGCCGUUGGGAGGGAAAGAAAAAUGAAUAAGACAUGAAUUUUCUACUGACGGAAGGAUGAGAAUGAUGUAUAUCUAAGAUUAAACUGGUGGAGGCCUUGAAGAGAGAUUUUUUUUGUUUUGCAGCAGCCUUUGAUAAAGUGGUUGGAUUGUGUGUAAAACGUUUAUUAAAUAUUUAUUAACCCCCCUGGUAGAGUAGGGUCCUUGAUGUCUCUGUAUGUCAUCUUACAUGUAACUGAUUUCCCAACAGUUCAUAUUUCUGCUUUUUAAAUGGUUUUGUCUUUCUCAUCUCUUCUUUUUUUUUCAUUUUGUGUUGAGUUGGAGACUGGGCAGUAUUGACUUUGUAUGGUGGCAUAACUAGCAGUUCGAACUCAUCUUCUUGCCUUUUUUCAUUGUUUCUUUUUAGUUUUCCUUUUUUUUUACAGUCAGUCACUGUUACAUUUUAUGUGUGUAGUUCUAGACAAGCCACAUGAAAACAGAACUUGUAUAUCAUUGCUGUCAUGCAAAAAAACUUGUAUCUCCAUCCAUGUUUGCAGUUUUUAGCAUUUAUAAAUAAUUUGAAUUUGGUUGAUGUUCUUAAAUUUUAUCAACAUUUCAUGAUAUAUGAACCAAUAGAAAGUGAUUGGAAUAAAAUAUUUUUAUUGACAUGCCAUUGAAAAUUGUUUUUGCUUUUCCUGUAAAGUUGUUGUUUUGGAGAUACAAGGUUUUUGUGUGAGAGUGGCAAUAUAUGUGUGUAUAUAUAUAAAUGUGUGUACUCAGUUGAGAAUUUUAUAAUUUCACACUUCUAUUUCUCAUUUAUUAUCUCUAUUUGAAACUAAGAGUUUCUGUUCUUUAAUUUACUUUAUAAUACUGUGGCUGCCCAAUAGAAUCAGAUGAAUAAUCAAAUGCAAAAUUGAAAUCUGUGAGUGCUUUGACUGUUCCCUUUUAUUUAUUGCUGUUUUGCAGUUCUGAAGACCAGUACAGUGAGCACUGCUGCUCACCAGUUCAAGGGUUAUGUGCUCUCUUUGUUUGUGAUGUUUGUUGGAUUUUUCACAGCUUUAAACGAAUGCUUCUUCAUCCCAACUCCUCACUCAACAUCUACACUCUAAACCAUCUCUACUCACUGGAGGUUUCAUAGCUUUUCUGUAUUAAGGUUGAUUGAAACAUUAAUUUUGUGUGUGUGUGUUUGUGUGUAUGCCUGUGUAAAACAGGGCAGUUGGUUCAGCUAGACCACAUGAGACCGUUUCCAGAAAUACAUUAUUGUACAGAUUUACAUAUGUGAUAUAUGGGUGUGUAUGUGCAUAUAGUGGUGCGCACAAAACACCACAAAGACGUGAAUACACAAGCCUGACAUCAAAAGUGGCCCAAAGAAAUGAUGCAUCUACGUAAUUUAAUCUUAAUUAACAUUGGUAAUCUCCCUGUUGUUGUUUUCUCUAACCUUUUCCAAUGUUAAUGAAUUUAAUUCAGGCCUUUGUAAAGUUGUGUGUAAAAGUGGGCUUGAUGAUGGACAGGGGGCAUGGGGUAUAAAAAGAUGGAAGUGUGGUAAACUGUAUCUUAACAAGGUGGACGUCGUGUAAAUCCAAUAACAUGAGAACAUGAAGAAACAACACUUUUUUUUGUAUUGAUUUGACCUGUAUGAUCUGUAUGAGUUUGAGGAUGAGUCUCCUUGAGCAUAUAUUUAAUCUUGAUUAAACUUAUGUUCAUCUGUA